AUGUCAUCCAAUUCCGAGUCACCUGCUUCUGGUUCCUGCCUGGACAAAAUUAGUAUGACACCUCCAACUAUAACAUCCUUUUCUCUGGACGCACUUAGUAUGACACCUCCGACUACAACAUCCUUUCAAUCAUCGCCUCUGGUUUUACCUGCACCCACAGUACUCCCACAUCCUGCCUCCCCUGCCUUCACUGUGUGCUAUGACCUGCAGUCAUUGAAUGGAUACAGCCUCCAAGAUGACUCAUCCAUUUCCUUCUUCACCAGUGUUCCAAAUGUCGGCCUGCAGUCGUCCAAUGGAUACAGCCUCCAAGAAGUUUCAUUUACAGAAGAUAUGGCAGACUCAUCAAGUUCCUUCCUCAAUGACAUUCCAAAGGAGACGCCACCUGCACUGCACUCGUUCCUGUCUACAUCACACUUGUUCCCUCCUGCACUACAGUUGUCCCCCAUUGCACCACAUUUGUUUACCCAUGCAUUGCACUCAUUGCCUUCUUUCCAACCAUCAAUGGCAACCCCACAAUUCACAUUCUUGUCACUCCCUUCUGUAACUCCUGCAGCUCCUGUGGUAGCUGAGGAGACACUGGACGAAAGAGAUGCAACACCACUCACUUCUGUAAUUCCUGCAGCUCCUGUGGUAGCUGAGGAGAUGCCAGACGAAAGAGACACAACACCACACCCUUCCAUAACUCCUAUAGCUCCCAUGGUAGCUGAGGACACACCAGAUGAUACCGCUGACAUUGCGGUGGCGCUACCAGAGAAAGCACUCAAGGUAAAAUGUAAAUGUGCCUCAAAGGCCAUCAACAAAGCCACACAGGCUAUUGAUUCCAACAACACAGAUACACUUCGAAAGACCGGUCAUAUUUGGCAGGAGUCCACCCAUAUGGCGCAGGCAAACCAAAUUGGUCAAAGCAACAAGCGAGCAAGGACUUGGAGAUAG